AUGGCAAUGGACAAUAAUUACACCCGAAACAGUCGCACCAAGCUCGAAUCAGAAGACCUGACCUUCAAGUAUAUGCGCGAACUGAGCGAGGAUUGUCUCACCAAGAACGACAAUCUGAGAAAAGAGCUUACCACCGCUUGGGACAUGGUAGACGAAUGGGCGGCCAAGGCCAAAGCGCUCACAGAAGAGAGGAAUCGAUGGAUGGCAAACGUUCCGCAACCCACAAAGUCAGGUGGAGACGAAGAGGUGGCACUGACGUCUAGGACAAGUUUUCAUUCUGAUCCCAUGAGGUCCUACAAUAAAAAGAACACCAAAAGCGAUGCGGCGGUCAGCAUGGUCUCUAGUACACAGGCGGAAGCUGACUCGGUCGGCACGAAAUCACUAGGGUCCGCGGAGCCCUCCGAGCAAGCUGACACCCUAGUCACAAACACCGAUGAGCAUGCAAAGUCAAGCAUGGAUGAAGCAGACAUGUUUGCUGCUCUCCGCUCUAUCCGAGCAAAUGUUUUGCGUGCUCCAUUUGCUUGCCGUCAUCAAAACCGAUUGGGGAUCGAAUAA